AACGUUAAAAGAACUUCUUCUUGGAUAAAUUAAGAAACUUUUUUUGUCUAUCAAAGAAAUGUAUUAGAUAGUCUCGAUCGAGAACGAUACUUCCCUUGCAACACGCCUCAACUACGCUAACCAUUAUUUAUAUCAACCAAACCAUAGUUUAUCUCCAAAGUUUUCAACAUUAUAUAUCUCUUCUCUGAUCCAAAUACUUUUUCUGAGCCUAAACUAGAAAAAAAAACAUUAAACAUCUAGAAUAUUAUGGACGAAGAAGACAAGAAUGUGACGAGAUGUUUCAGCUUCACGAGAAUUACAAAGAAGAAGAAGAAGAAAGAGGAGGAGAAAGUAAUAGUGUCUAGAGAAAUCGCAAAGAGAUGGAGAGAUUUGAGCGGUCAAAACCAUUGGAAAGGGUUGUUACAGCCGUUGGAUCAGGAUCUCCGGCAAUAUAUUAUACAUUACGGCGAGAUGGCUCAGGCUGGUUAUGAUACUUUCAACAUAAACACCGAAUCUAAAUACGCCGGUGCUAGCAUUUACUCCAGAAAAGACUUCUUCGCCAAGGUUGGUUUAGAGAAAGCGCAUCCGUAUACAAAGUACAAAGUAACUAAGUUUCUAUACGCGACAUCAGAGAUCCACGUGCCUGAGGCAUUCCUAUUGUUCCCAGUGUCACGUGAGGGAUGGUCGAAGGAAUCGAACUGGAUGGGUUAUGUGGCGGUGACAGAUGACCAAGGGACGGCGGUUCUUGGUCGAAGAGAUAUAGUCAUCGCUUGGAGGGGCUCUGUGCAACCACUUGAAUGGGUCAGCGACUUCGAUUUCAGUUUAGUGAAUGCUAAAAAGAUAUUCGGUGAGAAAUAUAAUCAAGUACAAAUUCAUCAAGGUUGGCACUCAAUCUACAUGUCCGAGGACGAACGAUCACAUUUUAAUAAGGCCAAUGCUCGUGACCAGGUAUUGCAAGAGCUUGGGAGAUUGUUGGAGAAGUAUAAGGACGAAGAGGUUAGUAUAAGUAUUUGUGGUCAUAGUCUUGGAGCUGCGCUCGCAACUCUUAAUGCUACGGAUAUAGUGGCUAAUGGUUAUAACCGACCAAAGAGCCGUCCUGGGAAAUCUUGUCCCGUUACGGCCUUUGUCUUUGCUAGUCCUCGUGUUGGAAAUUCUGAAUACAAGAAACUCUUCUCCCGAUUAGAAGAUAUCCGAGUGUUGCGGGUAAGGAAUCUACCGGACGUAGUUCCGAUCUAUCCACCCUUAGGUUACGCUGAAGUCGGAGACGAGUUGCCAAUAGACACAAGAAAGUCACAAUAUAUGAAAACUCCAGGAAAUUUCGCGACAUUCCACUGCCUGGAAUCUUACUUGCACGGCGUUGCGGGGACUCAAGGGACGAGUAGCGGUGACUUAUUUAGACUCGAUGUGAAAAGAGCCAUUGGACUUGUUAACAAAUCAGUCGACGGGUUAAAAGAUGAAUAUAUGGUUCCAGGACAUUGGAGGGUUCUAAAAAACAAAGGUAUGGUCCAACAAGACGAUGGGUCUUGGAUUUUAUUGGACCAUGAGACUGGUGAUAAUGAAGAUUUUGAUUUCUGAUUUUAUUUUUCAAAAAUUGUUUUUCUGUUUUUGCUUUUGUUAAUGUUUGGAGAUAGACUGUAUAUUUCAUCUAUUCAACGUUGUAGUUUUUUUAAGACUUCGAAUCUAUCGCACUAAGAUGAUUCUCUAAUUUGAAAAUGUAUCAUUGCAAAUUAUUUUAACAUAAACUAGAUUUUGAUCUGUGCGUACGCACGGGUGUCUUCUUCA